UACAGCAUACAAAGACGUUCAAUACAAAUGUGUACUUCCAACUUUGUGACAACAGUUUAGGGAAUGUCAGGUGUACACAUACUUUUAGUGUACUAUGGCUCAGUGGUUCUUACACUGUGGGCUGUGAAUGUUUUGUUCCAGUGGUGUAAAUCACAACUGAGUAUUUCCAAAGUUAUUUAUUAUAUUUAUUAUUGAGCUCUUAUUUAAAUAUGUUUUUUUUUUAGGGUUUUUUUUGACAGGUCAUUUGUAUUGAAUGGGUUUAAUCCAACCUUAUUAACAAGUAAUUAGCCAGACAAACCUUCAGACUAGUAUUGUACACGUUUAAAUAAUGACCAUAAGGCUGUCCAUAAAAGAAAUAUAAUGUUGAGGUACUGGUUUUUACGGUUGAGAACUCAGCUACUGGCGGAACUACGGUAAAGACGUGGUGACGUCAGAACACACCUUCGACCAAUGAGGCGGGGCGUCUCGUUACCUUGGAAGGUCGUCAAGCCGGUCUGCGCGCGCACAGUGCAAGGACGAUAAUUCAGCCCGUACAUUCGUGUGUUAUGGCUUUAAACACGACAUAAAACCAUAAACCAUCUGCUUCCUGAAGCCAGACAACGACGAACCCGGGUUCUCGGUGAUCCUCCUGCAGGUGCAAGAGUGCAUGUGUUUAUAAAGCAAAGCUUCUGCCUGUGGAAGAACCUGCAGCAUGUGUGAUGAAGCCAAGAGAGCAGAGCCCAGAGCCAACGGGAAGCAGUGCUCAUGGGCAUCAUACAUGACCAACUCACCAACUCUGAUCGUCAUGAUUGGCCUCCCUGCGCGAGGCAAGACCUACAUGUCAAAGAAGCUCACGCGUUAUCUCAACUGGAUUGGAGUUCCAACUAAAGUCUUUAAUCUGGGGGUCUACAGGAGAGAGGCAGUGAAAGCAUACAAGUCCUAUGACUUUUUUAGACAUGACAAUCAAGAGGCCAUGAAAAUAAGGAAGAAGUGUGCAUUGGUGGCACUGCAAGAUGUGAAGGCUUAUCUGAACGAAGAAGGUGGACAAAUUGCAGUAUUCGAUGCUACAAAUACCACCCGAGAGAGGCGUGAUCUCAUCCUCAAUUUUGUGAAGGAGAAUGCGUAUAAGGUGUUUUUUGUGGAGUCCGUCUGUGAUGACCCCGAUGUUAUUGCUGCUAACAUUUUGGAAGUGAAGGUGUCGAGUCCAGAUUACCCAGAAAGUCAUCGAGAACGAGUCAUGGACGACUUCCUGAAACGUAUCGAGUGCUACAAAGUCACCUACCAACCACUGGAUCCUGAUGAUUAUGACAAAGAUCUGUCCUUCAUUAAAGUGAUGAACGUAGGCCGUCGUUUCCUGGUGAACCGCAUACAGGACUACAUCCAGAGCAAGAUUGUCUACUACCUCAUGAACAUCCGUGUGCACUCCCACUGUAUCUAUCUGUGCCGCCACGGCGAGAGCGACCACAACACACAGGGUCGCAUCGGGGGCGAUGCAGAGCUCUCGUCCCGCGGCAAGCAGUUUGCGGCAGCUCUGCGCGGGUUUAUUGAGGAGCAUGGCUUGUCAGAUCUGAAGGUCUGGACCAGCCAGCUGAGGAGAUCCAUUCAGACUGCCGAGGCUCUGGGAGUGCCGUACGAACAGUGGAAGAUCCUGAAUGAGAUUGAUGCCGGUGUGUGUGAGGAGAUGACCUACGAGAUGAUUCAGAACUCAUUCCCGGAAGAGUUUGCACUCCGAGACCAGGACAAGUACCAUUACAGAUACCCAGGAGGAGAGUCGUAUCAGGAUCUGGUCCAGCGUCUAGAGCCGGUGAUUAUGGAGCUGGAAAGACAGGGAAAUGUUCUGGUCAUCUGCCACCAAGCGGUCAUGAGAUGUCUUUUGGCUUAUUUUCUGGACAAGAACGCAGACGAUCUCCCUUACUUAAAGUGUCCUCUCCACACUGUUCUGAAGCUCACCCCUGUUGCUUAUGGUUGCAAAGUGGAAAUGUUUUAUCUGAAUGUGGAGGCUGUGAACACGCACCGAGACAGACCACUAGGGCAAGCUCGGAGGACUCCGGCCCCCCUUCUGCUCCGGCGGAAUAGUUACACCCCUCUGUCCAGUCUCGACCAGGUCAAACGGCCGCGUCUGUACAGCGCAGGAAACAGGCCCUGGCUGCCCCUCGCUCCCUCCCCCUCAGCCCUGCACUUCCCUGACACUCCUGAAGGGGCGCUGCUGCACAGCCAAGUUAGUGUCCAUGGUCAUUAUGCUGCUAUCAGCAGACUAACUCAAUUCGUCCCAAUCGAUCCGAUUCAGUUCUCUCCUAUUUUUUCUUCAUGUCUCCUCAUGCCACACUGUAUAUACAGAUAACUCGUCCCCGUUCCAGCCGUCCUGUGAUCCUGGUUGUGUUAACGGCAUGGUGUGCUGUGGUUUAUGUUCAUGUCUUGGUUCUCAGGGUUGUUUCACGUGUGCAUGUCCUCUUGCAAGCUUCGUGUCGCUUGUGUGUGUGUGUUUGUAUGUGUUUUUACUCUUUACAGUGCCCUCAGUGACCCUUGCAGAUUGCACGCUUUCUCUCUCUCGCUCUCUCACUCUCUCUCUCAGUCCUCAGGGCUUACCAGCUGCUUCCUGUAAGCCUUGUAGCAGCGAUUCAUCAGUGGAGCAUGUGUUUAACAGCUUUAACAGUUUAGUGUGCUUCUUAAUUAUCAGUCAGUAUUGUGAUGCAACUCAUGCAUUGUGUGUGCAUUUUUUUUUUUUGUUUUUAUUUUUUUUCCCCUGACACCGGUAUCCGAGAAAUGCUUCUCUGCUUUAACAUUUACAGACCUAACACUUUAAGAAUGUCAAAAUGCGGUCAAUCUGCCAAGACAUAUUUGGUGACUAAUGUUCGACUAAUGCAAACUGCGUGUUCGGUUCAGAAUGAUCAUUUGUAUAUACUAAACUGUUUCAUCAAAUAGCACAAUAUGUUUGUAUUUUAAGAAAAAAUCGAAUUUAAUUCCUCCAAAUCACUUCUAACUUUAAAUUCUAUCUUCAGGUUUUUGGCAGAAAUUUUGAGGCAGAAAGUAAUUCCAGCUUCAAGCUGGCUGCUAUGAGUGUUUUUAAGUCUCUGGCAUCCUUUUGCCCAGUUGAAUAGAUAAUAGAGUGUCACACACUGUCAGAACCCAGAUCUGUUUGAGAUACUGAACAACUGAGUACAUUAUGCAAUGAUUUAGUUAUGCAGUUUGUUAUAGACUUCCAUAACGAUGUACGUAAUGUGUAUUGUUUUAUUUUUGGUCUCUCUAAAGCAAUAACAUUACAGUCCUUUUGUACUGGUUUAGAACAUAUUACUAUUUUAUUUUUUAAAUCGUUUAUCAGUUUGAAUCUUAUCUGUAACUAAUCCCUGUAUUAAUACAAUUAAUUAAAUGUAUUAACAUGAUUUUAGUUUACUCAGAUUAGUGAUCACAGUGAAGCGGUUUGAUGCACACCACUGCCAGAAAGAGCUUGUUGGUGAAAUGGGAGUGUGCUGUUCACAGUGUGGCUUGCAUCUCCACUGAUAAAUGACUUGCAUCAAUUUCCAGCUACUAUGAAGGGAUUAGAGGCAAAUUGGUGAUAUUUAGGGGUGCUGAAAAAAAGUACAGCGCUGAAAAAAAGUAUCCUGAUUGCUUGUUUUGUGUAUAUCUCGUACUAAAUAGUUUUAGAUCUUCAAACGAAAUACAACAUAAAACAAAGGCAAACUGAGUAAACACACAAUACAGUUUUUUAAAUGAUUUUUUUUAUCGAAGCAACAUUAUUUAUCCAACACCUAUCACCUAUGUGAAAAACUAAUUGCCCUCUUAAAGUUAAAAUCUGGUUGUGCCACCUUGCAGUUAUUGCUGUCUGGUUGUGCAAUAACUGUAAGCUAACACUUCCGUUCAAUUCAUGUUUCCCUCAGUUAUUUCAAGUUGCCCAGGCCCUGAAGCAGCAAAGCAUCCCCACACCAUCACACUGCCACUACCAUGCAUGACCAUAGGUUUGAUGAUCUUUUUGUGGGUGUUUGGUUUACACCAGAUGUAACAGGACCCCUGUCUUCCAAACAGUUCCACUUUCAACUCAUCAGUCCACAGAACAUCAAGAUGUGUUUUGUCAAAAUUCAGUUGAGUCUGUGCCUCACCACUCUUCCAUGGAUGCCAUUUCUGCCCAGCGUCUUUCUGAUAGUGGAGUCAUUAACGGUUUAUUGAUGCACGAGAAACCUGUAGUUCCUUUGUUGUCGUCCUUGGCUCUUUUGUGACUUGCUGGAUGAGUAGUUGCUGUGCUCUUGGAGGAAUUUUGGAAGGUCAGAUACUUCUGGGAAGGUUAACUACUGUGUCGAGUUUUGAGAUAAUGGCUCUCACUGUGGUUCUUUGGAGUCCCAGAGAUUUUGAAAUAGCUUUGUAACCCUUCCCAGACUGAUGUAUUUCAAUCACCUUCUUCCUCAUCAUUUCUGGAAUUUCUUUCAACUUUGGCAUAGUGUGUUACUAGGUAAGACCUUUUAACCAAAUUCAUG